AUGCUUCCAUCCAACAACAGACAACAUAGCCAAUUACUGCUGGAAUGUCGAGGUGGAAGUACCAGACACAACAUCAACAACAAGAAGAACAAGAGGGUUCGAGAGGCUUCAGAAGAAGAAAUUGACCGGUAUAUUGACUUUUUGAUUGCUACCUAUUGUCCUGCAACUACUACCAGUAAUAGUCCUAAUACCGACACGACAACAACACGAGAUGUACUACCGGUACAAACUAAUGGUAACCCCAAAGAUACCGCUACAAUCCUCAACGCUGAUAAGGAGCGACAAGCACCAACAGCGAGAGAAGAGACAUACCAUUCUACAGCUUCUCUCAUGAAAGCCAAAGCAUUGACGAAAAGCAGUCGCAAUGAUGUUCGCCGCUUGCCAUUGGAUGAUGAGACUCAAAUUCCAGAACAAGAUGGUGACGCAGCAUCACCAUUAAAGAAGGAUGAUGGCACCACUACCACUACCACAAGUACGUUUUGGGAGGAUACAUCCGAAGGGGCAGAACAACGACAAGGUGGUGGUGGUGGAGGCGAUGAUGACGAUCACGACGAAGACGACGAGACGUUGGAUCGAUACAUUGAGUUCCUGCAAGAAGAUUAUGACAAUGAUCGUGCUCUGGAUCGAUAUAUUGACUUUCUGGAACAAGAUUAUGACGCCGAUCGAGCAUUGGAUCGGUAUAUUGACUUUCUCUUGGCAACGACCACAUCGGUGGUUCCACAGCAGCAACCACAAGGAGAAAAUGCCAUUUUGGCCAGUAGCAUUACGACAACAAUACCCGCCAUGGACCAAGCUGCCGUCAUUACAGCAGCCCCUAGAGAAAGUGGCGAGAUGGAACCAGACUCUCCUUUGGAUGCCUACAUUGACCAGUUGCUCACGGCCGUGGAGUUGGAUGAGUAUAUUGAUAGACUGGUGGCAACCGUAUCCAACAGAGAUUUGGGAAUAGAGGACGAACGCGAUGACAAGGAUGAAAGGGGUGUGGAUGUUGUGGCAAGAGAGGAAGAAGAGGAAGAAGACGCCUUGGAGAGAUAUAUUGACACUGUAAUGGCAACCAAACUAGAGGAUAUUGACGAUCAACAACAAUCCACAACGGCACUGCGGCAACCAGCCAAGGAGACAAGUACAGAUCCAGUUGAAGCAGUUUCCAGAAGGCAAGAGGAACAGGUUCCUCUGAGUGCAGAGAACGUUGAACUUGCUGACGAUGAGAGCAGUGCACGAGAUGAAGACGCCGUGUCACAGCCAAAGGAGAGGCGAAAGUCAAGGAAAAAGUCUCGUAAACCAGCAUUUGUGGCGCAAUCCAGUGAAUCCACGACACUCGCAGACAUUGAUGAUGAGGGGUUGUUGCAAGUGGAUCAUGAUGACGUUGCCGUGCCUGCAAUGGGCGGUGAUGAUGAUGGUGACGACGACGAUGAUAUGAUGGAAGCUGCGAUUUCUGAGGAUGCGGAGGAACCGUCUCCGAUUUGCCAGGAUAAGGGAGCAGAAGAAGCAGAAGACGACCCUUUUAAUGAAUCAGCACCGGGUGUCGCUUCUGUUGAAGAGGACGCAGCUCUACCAACUGUGAAGAGAAGGAAGUCUACGAAGAGUCGUAAGAAGAAAGUCGUCGCUGCCACCACAGCAAUUGAUUCCACGGAAGAAACAGAUAGCGCUGUGCAAGAAAGCAACGUGGUCAAGGCAGCACAAUCUGAUGGUCAAUCGCCAGCGGAACCAGCAGAGGAUGAAAAGGAUGUGGAACCCAUUCGAGUGCCAAACGGUCUUUAUCGAUUCUUAUUGGGACAAGGCCCAAUCGGUCAUGUUUUGGUCCUUGCUCUGGUAUUCGUUGUGGAAUGGGUACAAUUGUACGUGCCACAAUUAUCAGAUUUGGUUGCCUUCUUGUGGGUAAAGCUGGCGCCGACUGGCCUUCAAAGAAGCAUGGCUGCAAGAGAGUACCUUCCAGGGGAUGGGCCAAAAUCGGGAGCCGGGUCCAUGCAUCAGAUCUACUCUGGCGGGCGAAUGCCUGUAAAGGGGAAACAACGGAGAAAGAUGAGCAAACAAGCUGAUCAGGACGCCCUGGCAACACUGGAGCGUGUUGGUGACAUUCAAGCUGCAAGAUACAAACAUGUCAGCGCUGCUUUCAUGAGAAGGCACGGUUUGGGCCCGUAUCAUGACGAGGCUGUGAACGCGUACGCAGGGGAUGAAGACGAAGAUCUUGCACAAUCAGAACGAAAGAAAAAGUCAAAGAGAUCAAAGAAGAAAAGGGCUUAUCAAUAUGACGAAGAUGAGGAGAGCGACGUCGAUUGGGUCCUAGAUGGCCUGUCAGCGGAGAAAGAAAAUGAUUCGCCAGUCACAGUCAAGUUUGGAAUAGGGCCGACAGGACCUGCAAUGGAAGUUGGUCUGGAAAUGGAAUUCGGUGGCGGUUCAUCCCGAUCUAGUCGCAAAAAGCGCAAGAAAAAGUCGACCCUGAACGCUGAAGCUCUGACGAGAGAUUCUGUUCGAAGGAGGACUUCUGGUCCACGUCCCAGUGACAAGGAUGGCGGAAGCGGUGUCGUAGGGCAAAUCCGUGCAGCCGUGACAUCGAACAACUUGAUGUCGAGAAGUUUGUUGGGGGCUUAUCCCGGAGAUGUGGUGCCACCGAGUGAAGCUGGUGCUGCUAGUGGCGUUACCUCAUUGGCCCGCAAAUACGGAUAUGGAGAAUGGGGCUCUUCCGAAAAGAAACCAAAGAAAAAGAAAGGGAAGAGGAGGAAGAAGAGCGAUGAGAGUAGCUUGCUGGACGGCUUAGAAUCUGACGACGACAAUCCGUUCGAUGCUGAUAUCCUGCUCGGCGACAUCCCAGGCGACGACGAUGAUCCGUUCGAGCCUCCCCCCCUUCCCAGAAAGAAAGAGUCCAAGAAGCGGUCGUCAUCUAGUAGUGGGAGCAGAACAUCAUCAUCCGCACGGAGAAAAGACAAACUGGUCCGCCCUGCCCUUGAUUUGUUGGACGAGACGGCUUCAAAGAAGCGAAGAAAGAAGCCGCCAAGUGACGAUAGGGGUAGAACAGAAAGCAAGCCCACUUCUGCACUAGAGGAGCUGUCGAAAAAGAGCACGGCCAAGAGCAAGAAAUCCAGAACAGUGAAGCCGGCAAUGUCUCAGUUGAAUGACCUAAAGGACAGAGCCUCCUCGAAGAACGACGACAAUUGA